AUGUUUAAAAAAAAAUAUAAUACAUUUAUAGAUAGUAUAAAUAUAAUUAUACAUAAUAAUAAGUUAUGUAAUAAUUUUUCUUCUGUUUUUCUGAAUGCAAAUAAAAAGAAACCAAUAAACAUUGAUAAUAUAAAUAAAAUAAAUAAGAAAAAUGGCUUAAAUUGUAAAAGAAAUGAACUCUUAGAAAAUGAGUAUAAAAAAAGUGAAGAAAAUAAAAAGAUAACAAAAUUGUGUGAACAAUUAAGUGACAAUUUAAGAAAAAAAGAAUAUAAUCUAUAUGAAAAUAAUUUAAUUUAUUCCUUAUCUAUUGCGGAAAAUGCUAUAGAAAUAUCUCAGUUGAUAAAUGUAAUUAGUAAAAAUAAAAUUAAUAACAAUAUAAAAUCUAUUUAUGUAAAAUUAAUUAAUAAAAGUUUAAAAAUUUUUGAUAAUAUUCCUAUUAGAAGUGUAAGUUUAAUUUUAAAUAGUAUGCUUAAGUUAAAUUAUUAUCACAAUGAUUUUAUUUUUUUAUUUUUUAAAAAUAUAAAGAAGAUGAUAACUGAAAGUAAUAGCGUUGAUAUAUGUAUUUUAUUUCAUUUUUACAUAAAUGUAUUGGAUCGAUUUUCAUAUUUAGAAAAUAAAAGUGAUGUAUUAUUAAAUUUAUUCUUGAAUAAAAUAUAUAAUGCCAUUUCUUCUUUUCAAAUACAUAGUAUAUCCUGUAUUUUAAGAUGUAAUAAAAAAUUAAUAAAAAGAAAAUGGAUUUUAUAUAAUAACGGUAAUAUAAACAGUGAAAUGAGUAAAAAAAAAACAUUAAAUGUUAUGAACGAAGAAAAGGAAAAAAAAACAGAUGAAAUAAGAAAAUAUGAUAAUGCAGAAUUAAUUGAAAAAAUAAAUGAAAUUUUAAAAAAUAAUUUUUAUCUAAAGAUAUCCUAUGCAAGUAUUCAGCAACUGUGUAAUAUAUUAGAAGAUUUAGAAUUUUUUAAUUUAAUUGAUGAUAAUUGUUACUAUGACGUUCUAAAUAUAUUAAAAAAUAAAAAUAAAUUAGAUAAUUUUAAAGAUAUAGACUAUUUAAAUAUAUUGAAUAUUAUAAAAAGUAGAAAUAUUAAAUAUAAUAAUUUAUUUCCGAUUACUCAUUUUUAUUUUUUAUUUGAUGAAAUAAAAAACAAAAAUUUUGAUGAGUUUUCUUGUGACGAUUUAGCUGAAUUAAUAAAAAUAUUGUAUUAUUUUAAAAAAUUUUAUCAUAUUAAUUUUUGUAUGAAUAAAUUAGAGAUCUCUUUAGAUAAAAGAAACUUGGAUGAUAUAUCUUCUGUUUCAACACUUAUAUAUCUGCUUUAUGAUUUUUCAUUAAUUAACAAAAGCAAUAAUAUUAUAAAUUCUUUAAAUGAAAAAUUAUUUUUAUGUAUAAUGAAUAAAAUUCAUGAAAAAAAAGAACUACAAAAAAAAAAAAAUGAAAUAAAAAAUGAUAUAAGUAGCAAAAAUUAUAAUAUAGAUAAUUUAUCUUUACCUAUAAGAGAAUCACUUCUAUUAGUUAAAUCUCUUGAUAUAUUAAUUGAUAAACGUAUAAUAAAUUCAAACUAUCUAAUUAAAAAAAAUUUCUUUUUAAUUAAUUGCAAAAAUGAUUUUCAAGUUUCUUAUUAUGAUAAAUAUAGUAAUUUUGUGUUGUAUAAAAUGUUGUUAUUAGGAAAAGUUAAGUAUAACAAUUUUUUUGUUUUUUUGAAUUUAUUAAAAAAUUCAUUAAUUUUAUCAUUAUAUUUUUGCAUUAAAGACAUUGUGUUAUUUUUGAAAGCGUUAUGUUUUUGUUCUUACUUUAUCAGUAAGGAUAAUUAUUUAAUUUUUGAAAAUACUUUAAAUUACUUGAGUUUUUUAAUAAUAUCACAAAGUAUGCUUUUGAAAAAAAAGUCUAGCUGUUAUAGUGAUGAAUUUAUGAAAAAAAUGAAUAAUACAAAUAAUUUUUUAAAUGAUGGAAAUUUAAAUGAUGAUAAUAAUUUAGAUCAUAUAUAUAAAAGAAUAGAAAAAAUAAUAGAAAAAAAUUAUAUAUAUAUAAAUGAAAUGAAAAAUGAUAGUUAUCAUAUUACAAAUAUUUCUGAUAAAAUGGAUUCAGGUUUAAAUGAAGUUAAGAAUAUUAUGAACAAUAUAGAUGAAGAUAAUAAUUUGAAUUUUAAAUAUACAAAAAUAAGUUCUAUUGACUGUUCAAAUAUAUUAUACUAUUUUCAGAAAUUAAAUUAUGUCAACUACGAUAUGAUUAAAAUACUGUUAAAAAAUAUUUAUAUUAACAUAAAUCAUUUAAAAAACAAUCAUAUACUUAAAAUUAUAAAUGGCCUUAGCAUAAUUAAAAAUGUUGAUACAAAAUUAAAUUCUUUUAAUUAUAUUAUUAAUAAAGUUAUAAUUAAAUUUAUAUCUUCACAUAAAGAGAAUGAUAAUUAUGUGUUAAAAAUAGAUGAAACAAUUAAAUUGCUUUAUUUAAUUAGUAAAUUGAAUAUAAUAAAUGAAUAUAAAAAUAAUUUAAUUAGAAAACAUAUUUUAAUAUAUUUAGAAAAUAUUUUAAAAAAUAAUAAAUUAAGUGUAAAAAACAUUCAAUUGCUAUUACAGACUUUUAAAAGUAUGUAUCCAUAUCGCUAUGCAAAUUUAAUAGAAUAUUCUUUGAAUCAAAUUGAUCAAGUAUUGGAUGGAAAACAUUUUAUUAAAAAUGAUAUUAGUAAUAAAAAUGAUGUAAAUGAAAUGAUUAGAAAAAGUAGUGAAAAUGUUAGUGAUACUUUUUCUAUAUCCUUUUUAAAAGUAUACUUUUCAUCAAUACCUAUUUUAAUAAAUCCAAUAACAAAUAUUUAUUCCAAUAUGAAUGAUUUAUAUCUAAACACUAGUGAAAAAUUAUUUGAACAAUUAUGUGAAUAUGCAAAAUCAAAUGAAAAAUUGAAAAAGGAUAUAAUUCCAUUUGUCAUAGAUUUUAUGAAUUUAUCAUUUUCUUAUAGUAAUUAUGUUCAUAAAUACAUAGAUUUUAUAAUUUACAUUUUUGAGAAAAAUGAGAUAAUAUCAAAGAAUCAAUUUUGUAUGAUUUUAUUAAAUUUAAAAUUUUUUUCUCAUAAAUUAUUUAAAACUGACAACUGUAAAAUAUUAAAUAUGAGCAAGAAGGAAUUUUUAAAUAAAACAGAAGAAUAUUUAAGAAUGUUUUACAACGAUAAUACAAAUAAUGAAAAAAUUUCAUAUGAUGAAAACUUCAAUUCAAAAGCAAAAUCCCAUAACAAAUCAUCGUAUGAUUUUACUUUUAAUAAAAAAAAGUUAAUUUUUUGUGAUACAGAAGAUGAUAAUGAGGAAGAAAUAAUAUCCAGAGAAUAUAAUUAUAUAGAUAUAAAUAAUUUAUAUGAAAAAAAUGUAAGUAUUAAAAAAAAAAAUACUUUAUAUGAAGCACAAAAUGUAUUAAAAGACAAAGAAAAAAAGGAAGUAAUAAAAAAGAAGAAUUUAUUAAAUGAAUUUGAAAUUAUUUUAAAAAAAUAUUCUUACUGUCAAAAUAAUGAACAAGAUAAAAUACAAAUUUCAAAUAAUGUGAAAGUGUAUGUAUUUCAUAUUAAAUAUAUUGAUUUAAAAAAAAGAAUUAUAUUUGAAUUUUUAGAGGAGCACGAUUACUUGAGAGAACUAGAUAAUUCAUCAAUAGAAAUAUUACCUUUUAUUAGUUUACGUUUAUUAUUCUUAAAUAAAUUAAAAUUUGAAAUACUUCUUAUGCCCUUUUAUGAAUGGGAAAAUAGCCAUGGAAGAUUAGAAAAAGUAAAAACAAUUUUUCAGAAAUUAUUAAAUAUUACAAAUAAUAGUGAUUUUUAUUUAAAUCAAAAAAAUAAAACGCACAUUUUUUCAUCUAUUGGGCAGUAUGAAUAA